AACCUAUCCUAAAAUCAACCACACAAUCUAAGAAGACGUAACAAGAAUCUCCAUUACUAUAAUAAGUCCGGCAACAAAGCAACCAGUUAGCUCUAUACACACACCUUGAAAACCGCCAUGGAACUAGCCGGUUUAAGCUUCCUCAAGCUCUCUUUCCUCCUCAGCCUCCUCUCCGGCGGUUCAGACCUUCUAAACCCAAUAUCCGAACCGGGUCUUGUCGGGAAAUUCCCGCCGACGUGUAACAGAAUCGAGUGCCCAAACUACGAGGUGGUUCAUGCGGGAAACGGGUACGAGAUUCGCCGGUACGAUACAACGGUCUGGAUUUCCACUGAACCUAUUCAAGACAUAUCUCUCAAGGAUGCUACAAGAACAGCUUUCUUCCAGUUGUUUGCGUACAUUCAAGGGAAGAACGAGUAUCAUCAGAAGAUUGAGAUGACAGCUCCUGUGAUCAGUCAAGUCUCACCAAGCGACGGUCCUCUCUGUGAAUCUUCCUUCACUGUCUCCUUCUACGUCCCCAAAAAGAACCAGCCUGAUCCAGCUCCAGCUGAGAAUCUCCACAUCCAGAAAUGGACCCCUAGGUACGUGGCGGUGAGACAGUUCAGCGGCUUCGUCUCCGACUAUAACGUCGGAGAAGAAGCUGCAGCGCUGUCUGCUAGCCUCGAAGGUACAGCUUGGGCCAACGCCAUAGAGAAAAGCAAAGAAGACGGUGGUGUUGGAGCUGAUUCAGCUUACACUGUGGCUCAGUAUAACUCACCGUUCGAGUUCAUUGGUCGUGUCAAUGAGAUUUGGUUACCCUUUCAAAUGGAUGAUUAAGUGAAACUCUUUUUUUUUUUAAUUAUGUAAUAAAUAAAAAUCAGACAAGAUGUUGAUUAUCAUGAAAAGACAAAAUGUUUCGGGUUAGGGAACUCGAGUUAAGUUACCCCUAAAGAGAUUUAAAAGACAGAAUUAUUCUAACUA